UCACUUCUGAACAACUGAUCAUCCGACAUCCAAGACAUCCAAGUAACAUGAUUAACGCAAUACAUCCAAGUAACGCAGUUCACAUACAAUUCAUCCAAGCAACGUGGUCGUUCAAUAUUAACUCUUUAUCCCUUGAGCUUGUGAGAUUUUCAGAGAUAUUCGGAUCAAUGAGAGAUUUUCAAAGAUCAUAAUCGAAACGUAUAAUGGAUUCGUCUGAUGCGGGGUCCCCUUUCGACAAGCUGCCUCCGGAGCUUAUUUGCGCCAUAUGCGACCAUCUUGAUUUGGAGGCGUUGAAGGCGAUGUCUCUUACAUGCCACCGGUUGGAGCAAAUAUGCGCGAACCAAUGUGCUCAUCGGUUUUUCUUGUGCAUCCCCGGGAAUAGACUGGCCUUUCAUAGCUAUCAGCUGGGAAGAAUUGCCGAAAAGGUGGAAGAGACAGCCAUUUUGCUGAAGACUACAAAACGUCGCUACCGUCGAGUUCAUCUCGAUGUGCCUGAGGUCUCGAUAUGA